AUGCCGACAAAGCACAAACGCAAACGAGAAGACGACAAGUCCAAUUUCGACCUUCCACCAUCCUCAAAGGCCAAACCAUUACCAGUCAUUGCACCAACAAAAGAUUUCCUGACACCACGCAAAAGGCAGAAACUCAACGACGGCAAGAGCAACCGCAAGAAGAGCAGCAAAAAUGACUCCAAUGACAUGCCCAAAACAUUUGCGCGACUCAUGGCAUGGCACAAGGAGGGCAAAAAGAUAGGCGGUGGCCUCGACGACGGCAGCAAGCCAGCGAAGAAGUCAAAAAAGAAGCAGCAGAGUUCAGAGACAGCUACAGCAGAAACUGCCACUAAAAGCGAUCCUCCUUCCACAAACAGUACCAUACCCAAAAUCCAACCAGGCGAAACCCUAACCGAUUUCGCCAUCCGCGUCGACCAGUCCCUCCCACUAACCUCCCUCGCCAAAUCCAACAUCAACCCCAACACAUCGCUUCCAGCUGACUUACUCGCCAAAGAGAAGAAAUCUAAACACCUAACCAAGCACAAUAAACGCCUAGCUCGGAUGCAAGCCGAAUGGCGCAAUACGGAAGCGAAACUGAAUGCGAAAGAGGAAGAGGAAGCUGAGCAGAAUGAGGAGAAACUUGCGGAGGAGAAAUUGUUGUGGGAUGGUGUUAGGAUGACGGGGAAGAAAGGGAAGAAGCGGCUGGUUGAGGAUGAUGAUCCGUGGAAAGUGCUUGAGAAGAAGAGGAGGGAAGAAGAUGGGAGGAGAGAACGGGGGGCGGUGAUUGGGCUUACUGCGAAGGAUCAGGCUCAGGCGCCGCCUGUGUUGGGAGCGGUUAAGAAUAUCUUUAAGGAGCGUGCGGUGGCCGCUCCGGCAAGGACAAGCGAAUCAAGCGGGUUUGCUGAGAGGAAUGGGCUAUCUAGGCCGACUCGAAAAGGCGGCUAUUCGCAGGUGGCAGAACAAGCGAAGAGACAACAUAUACAGGGCGUGCUGAGGCGAGCACAGGACCACCGUCAUGGCAUACCUGUAUAG